CAAAAUUUAAUCACUUCACUUGGAAAAACCCCAAUUCUGGAACAGGUCUCAUGAGUGAAGACUAAAACCCUUUUCAUUAAUUUGCGUUGGGCAAUCUGAAAUCUUCAGGACAAAAUGGGUUGGAAGUCAGCACAGAAACUGAUUCAUCACUGGAAGAUUCUCAGAGGUGAUAAUGUCAUGAUAAUCAGGGGUAAAGAUAAAGGUGAGACUGGUCUUGUUAAGCGCGUAGUUCGAUCUCAAAAUCGUGUUAUUGUUGAGGGAAAGAAUCUGGUGAAGAAACAUAUCAAGCAAGGGCAGGGUCAUGAAGGCGGGAUUUUCACUGUCGAAGCCCCUCUUCAUGUCUCAAAUGUUCAGGUUGUUGAUCCAGUAACAGGGAAGCCCUGCAAGGUUGGAAUUAAGUACUUAGAAGAUGGUAGCAAGGUAAGAGUAGCAAGAGGCAAUGGAACAUCGGGAUCCAUAAUUCCUCGUCCAGAAAUAUUGAAGAUGAGGACAACCCCUAGACCGACAGUUGUCGGUCCCAAGGACACUCCAAUAGAUGUUGUUCUCGAGAAGACUUAUGAUCCUACAACUGGAAAGGGAAUGCCAGAUCUUUAAGCAUCUAUGUCUACACUGCCCGCAAAGGAAAGCAACUGAAGAAACGGUGAUCCUGUUAGCUAGCUAGUAUUUACCAUCAAACUCACAGUUCCUAGUUAGAUUUCUGGCUUGGAGCAUAGCUAGUUGGAAAUUUCGUAAUUUCUUCUGGCGCUGCUGCACCAAUUGCUAAUUGACUUGCCACCUUAAUAGUGUGGGUGGUUUAUUGCAUUUCAUGAAGCUGUUUGCCAAAAUUAUUUUCACCUGUGUGCCAUACAUUUUUAAUUAAGAAGUUUACCUCAUAUUCGAAGUCUGCUUUAGAAGUUGUAACAAAUUACUACUACUAAAAUGAGAGUUGUUGAUUUGGUGUAUAUAUGUUUCAAAUUAAUGGCUAGUUGAAUUAUUUGCUAA